AUGGAGGGUGUGGUGGAGGUCUGCUGGUUCUGUCCUGCAGGGGAGGAUGAGGACAGAUUUGAUACCUGCUUGACCUUCACCAAUGUUCAUGGAGAUGCAAAGGAACACAAGAAGCAACUCACCUUCCUGCAGGAGGUCUCUUCUCUCAUUGUGAUCCCCAUGUCAAGUUCCGAUGACAACAAUGAAAAGCGAAAAGUAGUCCGUGACCUGUGUCAGUCAUCAAAACCUUUGACCCGUUUACUUGAUGACAAAGAAAAAACCCUGGCCAAUAAUUCUGGCCUAAAAGUGAGAAUUGGGAUCAGGAACAGAAAUGAGGCAGAAUUAACAGAGGAGCUCACAACUACAAUCCGACGUUUGCUAGAGCUCUCUGGCACUGCUCUCAGCUUACAGGACUGUGCCCAGUCAGCUUGGAAGCAAGGACUCCUUGUUGAUAAAGACCAGAGAGAUUGCAAGGACGCCAAAGAAAAGGCAGAGAUUCUAAUGGCCCUACUAAAAGAAACGAAGAUAUCUCAGAUGACGGAAAACUUACUACCCCUUCAAGGACAACUGUGGCACAUUUGGUGUAAAAAGGACAAAGAACUCUACCAUCUGAGAGAAAAGGGAAAUCGGAGCGUUGAACAACACAAGAGUGAGACUGAGACAGAUAAACAAAUAAUACGGCAUGAACAGUUCACCAGAGCCUUUCCUCUCAAUGAUUUAAUGCAAUCUGUCCUCGAAAUUCUCAAAAAACAUUCAGAAACGAACACAAAACUGUACUUCUUGCAAUGGCUGAGUGUGUUUUUGGACAACCUGACUGCAGGACACUUGGAAAAGCUGAAUGAAAAGAAAAAGUCUUUAUACAAACUGGUACAAACUGAAAAGCAACAGGCAUCAAAGAGCAACAACCUGAAAGACUGGCAAAAGGAGAUAGAAGCUAUCUCUGCAGAGACUACUAACUGUACCUUGGGAAUUCAGCAACUUCUCAGAGAAGUUGGCCAGAUCUAUGAAGCUCUGGAAGAAGCUUCCUUUACCAAAGAUCUCCUUUUUCUCUCCCUUCCCCAGAUUGCUGCAGAUCUGAUGAUAUCUGGUGUUCCCAUUGAGCUCAUGGAUGGGGAUGCUUCCUAUGUGCCUCUAAAGUGGGUGGCCGCUGUUUUUGACAAAGACACUGCAAAACUUGGAGACAAACGGCUGUUUGUUCUCUCUGUCCUUAGCCUGCAGAGCUCAAGAAGUCCACCCUGCUUAAUGCCCUUUUAGGGCUGCAGUUCACUGUCAGGGCUGGGAGGUGCACACGGGGGUCCUACAUGCAGCUCCUGAA